AUGGCGACUAAGGCAAACGUUCUUCUUGUCGGGAGUGGUGGUGUUGGCACGAUGGGGGCGUAUGCGCUUGAGACUGGCGGCCUGGCGGCCGUGAGUGCGGUGCUCAGAUCAAACUAUGAGACUGUCAUGGAGAAGGGCUUCUCGAUCGACUCUAUUGAGCACGGCAUGGGCAUCAAGGGCUUCAAGCCGUCACAGAUACUCAAAAAAGUUCCCAAUGUCAGUACAGACCCGAGCUUGAAGUACCACUUCAUCGUUGUCACGACCAAGAAUAUCGCAGACGUGAAACCGACCGUGGAGGAGAUCAUCGAGCCCGCUGUGACACCGGGCCACACAGCGAUUGUGCUGAUGCAGAACGGACUUAACAUUGAGAAACCGGUGAUUGCCAAGUUCCCCAACAAUGUGGUUCUCUCUGGAGUCUCAUUCAUCGGGGCGACGGAGAACCCUAAAGGCCACAUCGCACACGAUGACAGUGACUCCCUGAAAAUUGGGCCGUACGAGUCUCCCGGUGUCAAGCGCGAGACCGCAGUCGCGGCGGCAAAACAUUUCGUCAAGAUUUACAAUGCGUGUGGUAAAGUUGACUGCACAUUUGAUGAGGACGUGCCUUUCACGCGGUGGAGAAAGCUGAUCUACAAUGCGUCGUACAAUUCCGUGUGUACCAUCCUGCGCUGGGACACCCUUCGAAUGCGCAUGUACGAGCACGCUAUCGAUAGUCUCAUUCGGCCUGCGAUGCUAGAAAUUAAAGCUACUGCUAGGGCAGCUGGCGUGGUUCUGCCGGAGGAUAUCUGCGAGGUGUUGAUAGCUGUGGAUCCGGACGGCGUGUAUUGGAAGCCGAGUAUGUGUCAGGAUAUUGAGAAGGGAAAUUUUAUUGAGUACGAGAACAUCGUCGGGGAACCAGUACGGGAAGCCCAGAAGCUGGGUGUACCAACACCUGUGCUUUCAACGAUUUAUGGAAUGCUCAAGUCAUUACAGACGAUGACUAUGGAGUCAAAGGGCAUGAUUUCUCCCGCUUGGAAGGAGAAUGCUCGGUAUAAGUAG